UCUCUCCCAACCAUGAUCACACCGCGUUUUGAAUGCAGUCAAACACCCAACACAGUCGUAAUAAACAUCUACUGUCCCUCUGUCCGGGCUGCAGACGUUGAAAUUCACGUCGACGACACGCUCUUCUCACUGCACCUGAAUCCGUACUUUCUCCGCCUCACACUACCCCAUCCGGUCCUCGAGGACGACGAUUCGUCCGCCAAAUAUGAUGCUGGGACUGGAUAUCUCACCGUCACGCUCGCCAAGGCGAACCCGGGACAGGACUUUCCUGAUCUGGACUUGCUCUCAAAAUUGCUGGCUCCUCGGCCUGCGACGCAGACCCAGCCGCCGCAAAUUGAGGUUUUAGGCGACGACGAUGGAGGUGAGGAAGUGGAACGACAUCUAGAUGAGGUCGAGGAUCUCACCGCUCGCACGGACGCGCUUUCUCUGGAACGAGAGGAGAUUCUCCGAGCUGCGGAAAACGACUGGCAACUACCUCAACAAGUCCCAUCUGACGACUACCCGAUCUCCAUGACGCUCACCCAUCCGUACGGAUUCUUGAGCCGGUAUGGCGGGUACUUCAAACACGCUCAGCACACCGAGAACGAGAUCAACGAACUUGGUGGACAAGCCGAGACUUUGUCGUUGCGCGAACGCAGAUCGCGCCGGGUUCAGCAUGAAAAUGCAAAGUGGGAUGAGGAGCAUUAUAUGGCAGACUAUGCGGACGAUGAAUACAUCCAGGAACUCGUGCACUGGGUCAACCCCCGCACACAAAACACGGAAUCUUUCGAGUUCUCAGAUCAAGAGAAAGCGGCGUUGCUGAAUCUGCCGCGGAGAGAAUAUCUAUCAGAUGAAGCACAGACGAGAAAUCUCUAUCUGUCGCUAACGACAAUCCUCUUCGCCGCGGCCUACGAAGCCCGAACCACGCAAGGCGAUCCGACCCCAGAAAGCGCUUGGACGAUCUGCAUCCUCACACCCAUCUUCUCCGCGCUCGAUGGCCCCCCGUACUCCACCGACCCACCGUCGUCUGAUCUAAUCGCCACCUUGGUGCAAUCAUACCGUCGAUCCCUCUCGUUCCCAUUGUUCCGGUCCUUUGCCUUGGCCGAAAAGUGCCGCUCUGACGUCGCUGCGCUGUUUAAACAGGGAAAACGCGCGAUUCUACGCUGUUUGCUCGAAACAAAACACAUUCUCGAGCACCAUGAGGUGAAUUACGUGUACAGCAAGAUCUGGGUCGAGGACUUUUGUGUUUGGGUGCAAUCGUGUGCAGACGAGGCUACAUUGCAGGACCUGGGACGGGAACUGCAGUCGUCGCAAAUCUCAAAAGCUUUGAUCGGAUGGGAUCUAGAGGAACUGGAAAGCGCAGCACUGGAAGUCCAAGAGCGAGAGCCUGACAGCGAUGACGAAUGAGGACGAAGCAUAUUGUGAUAAUGUACAAUGCAGUCAGGAACGAGUGCUGCUGUGUACAGAUAGUAGUAGUAGUAGUGAUAGAAACCAAACCCAAGAAAAAGGAAAGCAGCUGUGUCCAUAAGGGGGUGGAUCGUCUAGAAUGGCGGUUAUUAUCAGGUUCACCUCCCAUUCGCAAGUUCAAUGUAGCGGGUCUUCCUCUUCAUCGCACGGGAGCUCGAUUUCUCGUCGUCGUCCCCUCCCCUUCUCGAGUGCCGUUCGCACAACAUGCGGCCGUCAACCUCCCAGUAAUCAUCCAGUCGUUCCCUGCAGCCUGCAGCAUAUUCACACAGCAUGUGGUCAG